AUGACUUUCACCAGGGUGCUUCAUGUCGCGGCUCUGUUCCUGAUGCAAGGGGAUUUUCCAGGAGCUGGCAGUGAAACCAUAACUCUAAAGGAAGGAGAAGACCUAAAUCUCCGCUGCACCCUCAGCAGUGAUGACAGCUCUGCCCGGCAGUGGUUAAACCCUGAUGGGUUUGCCAUUUUUCUUGACACCCAACGAGCUUUAAGAGAUCAGAGGUACAAACUUAUCCAUUAUUCAAAGGAUGAAUUAUCCAUCCAACUGUCUAACGUAACAGUGCACGAUGAAGGCGUAUAUAAAUGCUUCUACUACAGCAUCCCAUUCAAAAGCAAGAACAAGACUGUUAAGGUUUUGGCUGCUCCUUCUACUCCAGUACUGGAAGUAUCCCGAGACACAAAAAGAAGCAUUACGCUGUCUUGCUAUGCCCAAGGAUGUAAACCACAGCCCCAGAUUACCUGGCUGUUGGACAACGGGAUAGAGCUCCCUGGUGACACUAAGCACAAGUUAGAAUCUGAUGGGAAGAAAUGGACCACAACCAGCACGCUGACAGUCCUCGCCUAUGGGCCCAAUUCGACAGCCAGCUGCAUCAUUCGCCACCAAGCACUAGGAAAAGAGAAGCUGAUGGCAUCUUUCCAGUUUGAGGACCUCUCUAGGACAGUGAGAAAACCAAAUCCUUCACCAGCUGUGCUGGAGGUGGAUACACAUGGCUCUGAGAAUGAGCAAUCUACAGUGACCACAGCAAUGUCAGAUCUGAACAGCAGCACGGCCUCUGCUCCAAGCUACCCACAGCAUACUGGGUCCGAAGUAAUGACACCUGCAGCAGGAAAGGAAGAAUUGGCUGGUUCAUCGAGUUAUCGCGUCCCCACCGGGACUGAAACAUCAUUUAGUGCCAGUGUCACAGAAGAGGAACUUUCCAGGACAGAAGCUCCACUACCAAGUGAAAAUGUAACUGUGAUUUCCACCAUCGCCUCCGAGCAAGAUCAGAAAACUGAAGGCAUCAAAAAUAAGGAGAAUAAUCUCUUGCUGCCGAUUUUGGUGGCUGUUCUGAUUUUCAUGCUGCUCAUCAUUGUCCUGCUUUUUAUGAGGAAGCUGAAAAAAGCUCAUGGAGUGUGGAAGAGAGAAAAUGAUGUUUCAGAGCAGACACUGGAGAGUUAUAAAUCCAAAUGUAAUGAAGACAGUCUGGGCCAUGAGAAGAACGGACACGUUGUCAAUCAGAAGUCCAACACACAAUAUGUGACAGAAGGAUAUGUGGAAGCAACGCAGAAGAAUCCAAGAGACAAAAACAUUGCAAUAAGUGAGAAACUGUUUGGAUGUGGAAAAGAAACAGAUGUAUAG